CAGACCAUGAGAAACAACUUCCUCUUCUCAUCUGGGUUCCCAUUCUGGUCUCAUAGACUUGACGUAACAUAGUAAAUGUAAAUCCGGGAUACACAAAUUAGUAUGAUAUGUUACGUUUGGUAUGGUUACAUAUGACAAAGUUACUUAAUAAGUUAAAAACGAAAUGAGGGUGGGUGGGCGUAUAACGUGGACGUCUAGCAACCCAAAGGUUACAUUUUCCAAUCUCAUGGACAACUUGAGCAUUUGACCUAAAUAGCAACUUUUUAACUACCUACUUAUUUUUAGCUACUUACCUACUAAUUUGCAUGUUAGCUACCCAUUCCCCUAACCCUAACCUUAACUCUUUGAACUAACCUUAACCCUUUAAACUUACUCGUAAUCUUAACCCUAACCCAUAGCUCAGCUAAUGUUAGCCAGCUAGCUAAUGUUAGCGUAAGCCACCUAGCUAACUUUAGACACAGCAAAUUACAAUCAUACCAUAUCAUAUGUUUCGAAAAUUCGUAACAUAUUAUUUGUUUUUCAAAUUCGUAACAUGUUAUACAAUGUCACAAAUUACAAUCUAUCAAUACAUUAUAUAUUCUUGUCUUCAUGAUAGUAGAAGCUGUUACUUCUCUUUUUGCAUCUGUUCUCUCUCUGCUGUCAGGUUUGUUUAACUGGUCUUGAACUGACCUUUCUCCCUGCCUCCCACUGCUGGCUUGCUCCUGAAGCUAAGUGGGGUUGGUCCUUGGAUGGGAGACCAGAUGCUGCUAGAAGUGGUGUUGGAAGGCCAAUAGGAGGCACCCUUUCCUCUGGUCUAAAAAAUAUAUCCAAGGCCAGUGAUUGGGGACAUUGCCAUGUGUAGGGUGCUGUCUUUUGGAUGGGACGUUAAACGUGUGUCCUGUAGGGUUGGUGUCUUGGCUAAAUUCCCAAUCUGGCCCUCAUACCAUCACCGUCACCUAAUCAUCCACAGCUUACAACUGGCUUAUUCAUCCCUCCUCUCCCUUGUAACUAUUCCCCAGGUCAUUGCUGUAAAUGAGAAUGUUUUGUCAGUCAAUUUACCUGUUAAAAUAAAAAGUCACCCAUCGCUCCUUUAUCUGAAGAUCAGAAAUAGCACAACACUUAUGUAAACACAAAUACUACCUAAACAUGUAUUGAAUCAUACACAUCCAAUAUAUGUUACUUUAUUGAGUUUAAAUCAUAUUUUUUCUAUGUUAGCUUGAGUCACCUAAAAUGACCUUGGGAAAACAACCCAUUUAAUCAGUAACUAAUCAGUAACUCAUUAUGUAACUCUAGCAGUGAGCAUGAUUCCCCUGACUGACUAAAAGGAGGAGGGGGGGGAGGGGUGUGAGCAAGUCAGUUUCUAGUCAGUCAAGGGAUUUCUUGUAAAUCAUGCUCUCUGCUGCAGUUAGUAACAAUACUUUCCUGAUUAAAACAAGAUAACCUUAUUCAUAUCACUGACUCAUUGUCACUCUCAUCGUGACAUAUGGCAUAUAUUAUAGGAAUACUGUUUGUGUUCUACUUUUAGCUCUGGUUGGCCUGAAAAGAUACAGAUCAUUGAAAAUACAGUUUUUGCUGGGAACUCUUGACUGGUAGGGUUAAUCAUGUUCUGAUGACGUUGCUCUUGGUCAGAGAUUACGCCCACAUCUCUAUAAAACAUCGGCUGCAUCUCCACUUGUAGACAUAUGACUGUAGGUCCCCAACUCAGCAGGCAGGCAAAGACUUUAGAAGACUGCUGCAGCCCGUCCAUCUUUAGGUGGUGGGAUUCCCCUCCUGGUGGGGUUCUAGUGAUGGAAAAGAAUGAUGGUGAGGAGUCACCUGGUGCAACAGGUGGUGAAGGGGAUGGAAGAGACACCACACCUGUUCACAACACUGGUACUCCUGAUGGUAUGGCAGCACUAGGAGUCAUGCUACAGGGCUUCAUGUUAAAUCAACAGCAGUCAAUGCAACAGCAACAGCAGUCAAUGCAACAGGCAAUGCAAUCCAUGCAGCAACAGAUGCAGCAGCAGAUCAGCCAGCUACAGGAGGAGGUGCAGAAAGGAAAGACAAAGCAACAGUGUGUUGUGACCCCUCUACCAGCAGCAAACCCAGACACUCUGACAAGACCAGCUCCUCAGUCUCGAGACCCAGCAGAGGAGGUAUUAGGUGAACACGUUGACAAGAAGGAGGAGGCAGCAGAGAUGAAAUUGGAAGAUGUCCAACAGCCUUUGUCCGAUGAGGAGUCAAAACCAGAGACAGAUGGCUCUUCAGAAGGAAACAGAGAAACAACCAAAGGUGCAGCAGGGGAGGUAUUGGGGAAUCACAAUGACAAGAAGGAGGAGGCAGAGAGUCCCCAUCCAGAGAUUCCAUCUCCUUCCAAACCACUGAAGGGCUGGGAAGAGAAGAUUCACCAGGGAGAACAAGGAAAACUAAAAAAUAUUGAGCCAGUGCCAAAAGCCAGAGAUGAGUUGAAGCCAAAGAAGGAGGGUUCCUCAGAAGAAACAACACAAGGACCUUGUCUCAGGGAGCUGUUGUCAAAGGCUGGACUAGAAGAUCAUUAUGAAAACAAGCUGACGUUAAGUACUGUCCUUGAGAUAAAUGCUGAUACUACAUCAGAUGAACCUCUUACCACUAUGCAGUCACUUCCAGGGGCCUUCCUGAAGAAAGUAAUGAUGGCAAAUGUGAAUGCUAGGAGUGUGAAAUGUCUGACCACUGACCAGGAAGUUUCCUAUUGUGGAGUAGACAACCUGGACACUGACUCUGAUAGCAGCGAUGUCAUUAAUCCACUGGACCUGAUAACUGCCCUGUUUCUGUGUUCAGAUGGUUUCCUGCAGCAGGAGAUGGUCCAGAAAAUGUCCAUGUGUCAGUUUGCUGUUCCUCUGCUGCUGCCCAACUGUGACACAAAACAAAGCACUUUGAUGCUGUGGGCCUUGAGGGACAUAGUGAGGAAAUUUAGACCCUCUUCCCAAAUGGCCACAAAUGCUUUUGUGGAGGAGAGAAUAGUUCUCUCUGAUAUUCCUAUGGUGUCUUUUGUUAGGUUAGGACAAAGCAGCUUGUCCAAGUCUCAGAUUUUGAACAAGUUGCUUAGUAACCCUCAACAGUACCAUGAUACAUUUGUUCAUCAUGAUAUGGAAUGUGGCGAUAUCCCUCGGCAAAUCUCAGAUGGUCUGGUUGAAAUCAGCUGGUACUUUCCAUGUGGGAACAGAAACAUAGACAUGUUCACUAAGCCUGUGGCUGUUGCCAAUCUCAGAGGAGACAUCAGGUCCUUUGAAAAACAGUUCUCCUUUCUGUGUCAAACAUCAGCUGCAGUUUACAUUUUCAUUGAUGAUUUUGAGGCAGAUUUCAAGGUUUUGGAAGCAGAAAUCACAAAAGCAGAGUUAUUUCUGGUUGUCAACUCUCAGAAUAAAACAUUCAGGGUGGACACAUUGAAGAAAAUGAUCACAAACUACAGUAUCAACCCAACAAAUGUGAUUGUGAAGAAGAAGCAGAAUGAUGCAGAAUUUGUCAAAACCCUGCAGUCCUCUGUGGGUGACAUCAUUGAAAAAAGUAUAAACAGAUUGACAAUUGAAAACAUGGCUGACGUGGCUCAUCAGAUGGGGAUUCUGGUUGAUGAAGACGGUGAGUGUCAGAGUGCCAGAAAGAAGGCAGAAGAAAUCACCAGUAACUUCAAAGACACAAUGAAAUUCAAACAUGAACAGCUACCCUUACAAGGAACAAUCUGGAAAGAGCUUUCCCAGUUGGAAAAAGAGAUGUGUAGACUGAGAAAAGCAGGAGAUAAAGACAUUGAACACUACAAGAGCUCUCUGAAGAGGAAGGAGAAAGAGCUGAGAGAGAAGCAAUAUACAUUUGACAUGUCAGAUUCAAUGGCAAGCUACAUUUUAGGAUUGUCAAGUUCAGGAGCUGAGCGUUCCUAUUUCCUCAAAUGGAUGCGGAUAAAUCUGGACAAUCUGUCACGUCAGAACCUGUCUGGAUUGCGGGAGCGGUACAAAGAUCUUUGCCAACAUUCUCCGGAGAAAAAAGACGACAUUAAAGAUUUGGAUAAGCAAUUAUCUGACUGUUCCUUGGGACUUGAACACUUCCUGCGUGAGUUGGGCCAGUUAUAUGAAGCUUCCUGCUCCCUUCCUGAAAGUAGCCUACAAAGGAAACAGAUGGAGCAUCUCCCUGGAUUGUGUGCUCAGAUGCUGUUGGAGGGUUUCCCUGUUGAGCUUGUGGAUGGAGAUGCAUCAAAUAUCCCUCUGAAAUGGAUUUCAGCUGUUCUGACUCGGCUUCAUACUCUUGUCCAAUCCAACAGCAAGAUCCGGGUGGUCACAGUUUUAGGGGUCCAAAGCACAGGGAAGUCCACUCUCCUCAACACCAUGUUUGGGGUCCAGUUUGCUGUCAGCAGUGGAAGAUGCACCAGAGGGGCCUUCAUGCUGCUGAUUAAAGUCAACAAAGAACUCAAGGAGGAGCUGAAAUGUGACUUCAUCAUGAUCAUUGAUACGGAGGGGUUGAAAUCACCUGAGUUGGCUCAACUAGAUGAUAGCCAUGAACAUGACAAUGAACUGGCAACACUGGUGAUAGGACUCAGUGAUGUCACUAUCAUCAACAUUGCCAUGGAGAACUCCACAGAGAUGAAAGACAUUCUGCAGAUUGUUGUUCAUGCUUUUAUCAGGAUGAAGGAAGUGGGGAAGAAGCCAGUAUGUCAUUUUGUGCAUCAGAAUGUGUCAGACAUGUCUGCUCAUGACAACAACAUGAGGGACAGGAAGAAGUUGUUGGAACAGUUGAAUGAAAUGACCCAGGCAGCAGCCAGAAUGGAGAAGAAGGAGAAUAUCACCAAGUUCACUGACGUGAUGGAGUAUGAUCCAGACACAAGCAGCUGCUACAUCCCAGGACUCUGGCAUGGGACUCCCCCGAUGGCUCCAGUCAAUGCUGGAUACAGUGAGGCAGUAUACGGCUUCAAGAAGACCUUGAUGAAAGAUUUCAUCAAAUGCCAGAGAAAUGAUGACUUGACACAUUUCCUGAAGUGGACACAAAGUUUGUGGAAGUCUGUGAAAUUUGAGAAAUUCAUCUUUAGUUUCAGAAACAGCUUGGUUGCAGAUGCAUAUUCCAAAUUAUGCUCUGAGUACAAUGGUUGGGAAUGGGCCUUCCAGAAGGAGAUGUACAACUGGAUGAUUGGUGCUGAAACAAAAAUUAACAAUAUUGGCAUGACAGAUCAAAAUCUUGGGCGGUCCAUAGGAAAUGUGCUAAAUGAAUUGAUGGCAGAGGCAUCUGAGAAACUGUCAUUGGGAGAAAAGGAAAUCCAAGACAAUCUAGUAAAAUACUUUGAAAAUCAAGAUGGCCAUGUUAGUCUGGUGGAAAAAUACAAGGAGGACUUUGUGUCCAGUGCCAAAACACUGAGACGAGAGACAGAAAACACAGUGAGAAACAAACUUCAAGGAGCUGUUGAAAUCAAAGAGGGAAUGACAGAACUGGACAACAUCAAGAGUUCUCAGGCAAGUACAAUGGAAAAGAAGGUUCUAGAUUUGCUUCAGAAUUGUAGACAGAAAAAAUCUGUUCUUUCAGAUAAGGCACUCAGUAAAGAGUUUGAAAACAUGUGGAGUAAAACUCUGUCUGAGAUACAUUUCAAAGGACUUCCUAAGCGAGAUGUUUCCCAAGGUGCCUUUAUCAUGUUGAGAGGAAAUCUGUCAACACGGGGCAGUCAUGUCAACAGUCUGUUGGUUGGAACCAGACUGGUGGAUUGUGGGAAGGCAGCCUUUGUUGUGGAAUCAGGGGGUUUGUGGGAGAAGACUAAAGGCUUUAUGGUGCACAGGGAUCAUGACCAUCAUAGGAAAAAGCUGCAAGACUUCUGUAAUGACAUCAUAACACAGUGUCAGGAUUUUAUAAGACAGAAGGUGGAGCACAAAACAGAUUAUCAUGACACUAACAUCAAAGAACUUCUUAACAAGAUUGAUGAAACAUUGCAGCAACAAAAGAAAAUGAAAGUCGGUGAUGAAUGUGAGGUUUAUCUGAAGCUACACAUCUGUGGCAUAGCAGCAAGACAGUUCCAAAAGAUGCAUGAUGAUUUCAUUGCACUCAAUGACCCAAGGAAGUGUCUGGAACAGUCAAAGCAUAACUACUAUACUGACUUCAUGAACUUGUUCCAUGAGCGAGACCAGUGCCAAAAGAAAGCUGAGGACUUCACAAAGCUCUGUUUGCGGCCAGCUGUAGAGGAAUAUGUGACCAAAAGGAUUGGUCCUGAUGUGGUUGAUGAAGUGGUGACCGGUGAAGGGUCAGAGGAUUACAGCACAAGAACGGCUUUCCAGUUCUCCAUUUUAAAAGAACUCCUGACAGAUGAAAAUUAUGAAAAAUAUAGCGAGUACAUACACGUUUACAAAACAUUUGUGAAGCAGUGGUUAUUUGAUCAAAUUGUCAAGCAACUCUCAAAAGAGAGCAGACUGCAGAAAAUGGAGAACAAACAUCUUUCAAAUAUAGUCCGGAAAAUUACUGAUAACAUUUCAACUGUCAGUAAAGCAGCUAGCACGGUAAACAACAUUAAGACGUUCAUUGGGAUAAUUUGCAAUAUGUUGGGAGAGGAUCUCGCCUUUCCCAAGGAUGCUUUGGAUUCCAUUAUGAUUCUGAACACGAGCACCGCAAACACAGAACAGUUUGCUAAGUAUCUCAAAGAGUUUGUGAGGGAAAUGGAGAAGUCACUGGCAUCUGUUUAUGACCGGAAAACUGACCUUAGAUACAUCACAAAAAGGCUCAGACUUCUGCCAUUCAAGCCUCAAGACAAGAUGUUCACCAGUCUGUUUGGCUGUGGGGAGGUAUGUCCUUUCUGCAAAGCACCCUGUGAAGCAGGAGGUAAGGAGCAUACCAAACACUUCACCUCCAUUCAUCGUCCAAAAGGGCUCAGUGGUUGGGUGAAUAAGCAGUCAAAUGUGUUAUUAACUAACAUAUGCUCAUCCUCCGUGAUAGGCAAUGGGCUGUUCAUUAAUGGUCUAACAGGAGAUGAUGGUCACCCUUACAAGAAGUACCAGACAUACUAUCCUGACUGGAUCAUAACUGGAGACACCAGUAUUGAGGCUUCAGACUAUUGGAAGUAUGUGAUGGCCAUAUUCAAUGAGAGAAUUGCUAAAGGCACUGACUCACUUCCUGCCGAUAUCCCAAAGGACUGGAACAUUUUAACAGCUGAGGAUGCAAUGAAGAGUUUGAAGGGCUCAUUCAAUGUGAGUGAAUAGGGGAAAUCUAUAAUGAGGCUCUGAAUUGUAGUCCAAAUAUAUUAUUGGCCGUUAAAACAUGUAUUAAGUUGACAACCACAAAUACCUCACACAUGGUAUAUCACAGAAUCAAAAUAUGAGGAGCCAGUUGUUUUUUGCAAAAAACUGUGCAUAUCUGACAAUACCAAAUGCAAUUUUGAAAAUAACUGCAGCACAGAAAAUAAUAUUUGCAAAUACAAUUCAUAAACUAUGACUUCUGCUAUUUACAGAUCAGAUGUUCUAGAAUGGAAUAGCUUUCACUUUGAAUAUACACUUAGUAUACCAAACAUUAGGAACACCUUCCUAAUAUCGAGUUGCACCCUCUUUCUUUUGCCCUCAGAACAGCCUCAAUUCGUAGUGGUGUGGACUCUACAAGAU